AUGUCCUUCGUCCAAGUCCUCCUCUCCAACCCUGCCCUCUCACCCCAGGAACGACAGGCAGCUCUCGACCGCAUCUUUUCCGAUCCUGGCAUUCCCGAUGCAAACCGUACCACGUCUUCGUUCUGGCUGCGACAUCCUCAUCCUGAACUUGCCGGGAUUCGCUCAUCAUCUCUCCCUGCCGAGGCAGAUGUGGUGAUUAUCGGUUCAGGGAUCACCGGUGCGUCUGUUGCUAAAGCGCUUCUGGAAUGUACCGCCCAAGAUAAACCUCGGGUCGUCGUUCUAGAAGCACGGGAUAUCUGCAGUGGUGCUACCGGGCGAAAUGGUGGACAUGCGCUUGAGACUGCGGAAGAGUUUGCGGAUCUGGAAGAGAGAAUCGGUCUGGAAUCAGCGAGGAAAGUAAUGAGAUUCAAAUUGGCGCAUUUGAAUGAGUUUAUCCAGGUAGCGGAGGAGUAUGGAUUGACGGAGGAAGCACAAGUGAGAAAGGUCGAGUUUCUGAGUACGUAUUUUGAUGAGAUGAGAUGGAUGGAAGCGAAGGGUGCCAUAAGCCGGUUCAAAGAGUGCAUGCCGGAGGAAUCAAGAGAAUGGAAGAUUCUAGAGAAAGACGAUAUACCCACGGAAUUCCAUCUCCCACACGCAUACGGCAUCAUAUCCGGCCCAGCAGGCGCCCUCUGGCCCUACAAAUACAUCACCGGCAUAUUCGCCCAUCUCCAGCAUCAAUUUCCCAACAACCUCUCCAUCGAGACCAACACGCCCGUCACAGACAUCACCAAAACCUCCAAUCCCACCCAUCCCUACACACUCACCACCCCCCGAGGCGCAAUUCGCACCCGCCACAUCAUCCACUGCACGAAUGCCCACGCAGCCCGCCUCAUCCCCGACCUCAAAGGCCGCAUAUACCCAAUCCGCGGGCAAAUGUCCGCUCAAACCCCCGGAUCGAAGUUCCCCUUCCAAGGAAGUCAUCAUUCCUGGAUCUUCAACUAUGAAAAAGGCUUCGAUUAUCUAACCCAACUCCCUCAUUCCGCUCACUCAGCCGGCGAAAUGAUGCUCGGUGGCGGAUUCGCACAGGGCGAAGUCUGCGGAACUGCCGAUAUGGGUAUAUCCAGCGACGAUGAGCUGAGUUUGUACGCUGAUAUCCAUCUCUCCGGGGCGUUGGGCGCUGUCUUUGGGAGGGAGAAUUGGGGUGAGGUGGCUGGAUCAGCGGUGAAGAUGAUGUGGACGGGGAAUAUGGGAUUCAGUGCGGAUGGGUUACCUUGGGUUGGACGGUUGACGGACUUUCUGACGCGGAGAGAGGGAGGUGGAGAUGCUGGUGAAUGGAUCUGUGCUGCGUUUUCCGGGGAGGGAAUGGUGCAGGCGUGGCUUUCCGGAAAGGCAUUGGCAAUGAUGGUGUUGGAUUGUGAUAAGCGUUUGGCUCUGGGGUUCUCGGCUGAUCUUACUUGGUUUCCUGAUGAGAUGAUGGUGAGUGAGAAGAGGGUUAAAGAGGCUGUUUUGCCGCGGUUUGUCGAGGGAUCGAACAUGCAAAGAGGAACGCAUCUUUAA